AUGGCGCCCCGUCCAAGGAUCCGCCUCAAGCUGACGCGCAGUUCCCAACCCGCAGAGAGCACGCCAAAGACGUUUGCCGAUAUCGAGGACGAGGCCAUGCCCGACGCCGACUCGGCCGCUGACGAUACGAAGCCUCAGGCGGUUCCCGACCCCGACGACGAAAAGGACGAGGACCACCAGCCCAAGGAGGAGUCUGGCGACGACGAUGAUGCGGCGGACAAGGACGACGAGUCGGCCAAGGAGCCCACCCCGCCGCCUGUGCCAGUCAUUAGAAGAAAGAGGCUCGGUCGCCCACCCAAGAACCGGCCCCCGGACUGGGACAACAUGAUUACCGUGCCCGCCGACGAGGCCAACACCCCGCGACGCCGCGGCCGCGGUGGAUGGCGAGGGCGCGGCGGUCGCAAAGGUGGUCCAGCAGCGCCCAAGGCUGAACAGGUCAUUGACGCUGAGGGUACUAUCGCCGAGAUCGCCAAUGACGAGUGUGUGCUGCCCGAGGACCCCGAGGGCGAGACCAAGGUCGACAAGCUGGGCAACCUCCAGGGCGGUCGCGACUACCGCUGUCGCACAUUCACUGUGACGGGACGCGGCGAGAGGCUCUACAUGCUCUCGACAGAACCGGCGCGAUGUGUCGGUUUCAGGGACAGUUACCUCUUCUUCACCAAGCAUCGCAAGCUCUACAAGAUCAUUGUCGACGACGAUGAGAAGCGGGAUAUGAUUGAGCGAGAUAUCAUCCCUCACUCGUACAAGGGCCGCUCAAUAGGUAUCGUAACAGCACGCUCUGUAUUCCGUGAGUUCGGCGCCCGCAUCAUUGUUGGCGGCAAGCGUAUCAUCGACGACUAUAGCGUUGCUCAGGCUCGUGCCGACGGUGUCGUCGAGGGCCAGCUCGCAGACCCUGAUGAUCACUUUGUCGAGGGGGAGCCGUACAACAAGAACCAAUACGUCGCAUGGCAUGGAGCCAGCGCCGUCUACCACACCAACGCUCCCUCGGUGCCCAUCCCCAAUGGCAAGGUCGAGUCCAAGAAGCGCAAGGUCAACGUCAAUGACAUGAACUGGAUGCUGGAGCAUGCCCGCGAGGCCAGUACGUUCAAUGCCGGCAUUAAUGCCAUAAGAAAGCUCAACAAUGCCGGCGUGUACGACAUCCACACCAACGUGGUGCAGUACCCAGCAACGAUGCAGCCGACGCGCGCCCGCAUCGAGCAGGUCGCCCCAGAGGACGAGCAAGCUACCAGGGGCAGCAGCGUGUUCCCUCCUCUCCCCGGCAAGAUGGCCCGCAACUUCUACAUCGCCGACACUUACUUGGAGACGUCGUCUGCGGGUGUCAUCUCGGCCUCAGGGGUGGACGAUACGGCCGGAUCGGCCGACUUCCUCGCCUCGUUCCAGGGACUGAGCGCAGUAUCAGAUGAGAUCAAGGAUCUCCUACCUCCCGAGUGCCGAAAGGCCUUUGAUAGCGCUGUGGACAAGGAAGCAUCGUGGCGGUCACAAUGGGGGCCCGAAAGCGAAAAGAUGUCGCGCCGACAGCCCGUCAUCGACAAGGCCAUUGUACCGUACAGCAUGACUUGA